UCCCAUUUAUUCACUAUCUUGACUGACAAAAAAGUAAACAGUCUCGCAUUUAUAUUAUAAUAUACUCUAAUAUAAUCCAAUUCAACCCUACUCAUUGGAUCCAAUUCCGCCAUAAUUAAUUAUAUUUCAUUAUAUUACAGAAAUACAAUAUCAGAAUAAUAUUCCACAAUGUUAUCUGCUCGCUCAAUCUUAUCCAACAGUAUCAACCGUACCUCUUUAGCUUCCUCCUCAAUUCGUGGGUUAGCUACUGCUUCCUCUUCUCUAACUCCUGAUUCAAAGGUUCACAUGAACUUGUUGGAAUCCCACUCUUUCAUAAAUUAUAAGAAAAACUUGGAAAACGUUAAAAUUGUCCAAGAAAGAUUAAAGAGGCCUUUAACUUAUGCUGAAAAAUUAUUAUACGGUCAUUUAGACAAUCCACACGAACAAGAAAUCGAAAGAGGUGUUUCUUAUUUGCAACUUAGACCAGACAGAGUCGCCUGUCAAGAUGCUACUGCUCAAAUGGCUAUCUUGCAAUUCAUGUCUGCCAACAUGGACCAAGUUCAAACUCCAUCAACUGUCCACUGUGAUCAUUUAAUUCAAGCUCAAGUCGGUGGUCCAAAGGAUUUGGCCAGAGCCUGCGACUUGAACAAAGAAGUCUACGAUUUCUUAGCUACUGCUUGUGCCAAAUAUAACAUUGGUUUCUGGAAACCAGGCUCUGGUAUUAUCCAUCAAAUUAUUUUGGAAAACUACGCCUUCCCAGGUGCCUUGUUAAUUGGUUGUGAUUCACACACUCCAAACGCUGGUGGUUUAGGUCAAUUAGCUAUUGGUGUCGGUGGUGCUGAUGCUGUCGAUGUCAUGGCUGGUUUGCCAUGGGAAUUGAAAGCCCCAAAGAUUCUUGGUGUCAAAUUAACCGGUAGAAUGAACGGUUGGGCUUCUCCAAAGGAUAUUAUUCUUAAAUUGGCUGGUAUCACUACUGUCAAGGGUGGUACCGGUAAAAUUGUUGAAUAUUUCGGUGAUGGUGUUUCCACUUUCUCCUGUACUGGUAUGGCUACCAUCUGUAAUAUGGGUGCCGAAAUUGGUGCUACAACCUCCACUUUCCCUUACAACCAAUCCAUGGCUGCCUACUUGAACGCCACUGGUAGAAGUGACAUUGCUAAGUUUGCUGACAUUUACCAAAAUACUUUCUUAAAAGCUGAUGAAGGUGCUGAAUAUGACGAAGUUAUCGAAAUCGACUUGAACACUUUAGAACCCCACAUCAAUGGUCCUUUCACUCCUGAUUUAGCUACUCCAAUCUCAAAAGUUAAAGAAGUUGCUGUUGCAAAUGGAUGGCCAUUAGAAGUUAAAGUUGGUUUAAUCGGUUCUUGUACCAACUCCUCUUACGAAGAUAUGACCAGAUCUGCCAACAUUAUCAAAGAUGCUGCUGCUCAUGGUUUAACUUCAAAGGCUUUAUUCAACGUCUCUCCAGGUUCUGAACAAAUCAGAGCCACCAUCGCAAGAGAUGGUCAAUUGAAAACUUUCCAAGACUUUGGUGGUGUGGUCAUGGCUAACGCCUGUGGUCCAUGUAUCGGUCAAUGGGAUCGUCAAGACAUCAAAAAGGGUGACAAAAACACAAUUGUCUCAUCCUUCAACAGAAACUUCACUGCCAGAAAUGAUGGUAACCCAGCUACUCACGCCUUUGUUGCUUCUCCAGAAAUGGUCACCGCCUUUGCUAUUGCUGGUGACUUGAGAUUUAACCCAAUCACCGAUAAAUUAAAGGACAAAGAUGGCAAUGAAUUUUUAUUAGAAGAGCCACAUGGUGAAGGUUUGCCAGCUAGAGGUUACGAUCCUGGUGAAAACACCUACCAAGCUCCACCAAAGGACAGAUCCACUGUUACCGUCGCUGUUUCUCCAACUUCAGACCGUUUACAAUUAUUAACCCCAUUCAAACCAUGGGAUGGUAAAGAUCCCGAACACUUACCAAUUUUGAUCAAAGCCGUUGGUAAAACCACCACUGAUCAUAUUUCCAUGGCCGGUCCUUGGUUGAAAUACAGAGGUCAUUUGCAAAACAUUUCAAACAACUAUAUGAUUGGUGCUACCAAUGCUGAAAACGGUGAAGCCAAUAAAGUUAAGAAUCACUACACUGGUUUGUUACCAUUAAACUUUGUCGACAAAGCUGACUACGAUAAGAUUAACCCAGAUGAUGAAGUUGACAUUAUCGGUUUAACCACUUUUGCUCCAGGCAAAAACUUAACUUUAAGAGUUCAUCCAAAAGAUGGCAAAUCUUGGGAAUGUGAAUUAUCUCAUACUUUCAACGAACAACAAAUUGAAUGGUUCAAAGCUGGUUCUGCUUUGAAUAGAAUGGCUGCUAUGUUUGCCGCAGAAAAAUAAUCUUAAAAUUUGAUUUUUCUUCUUUUUGUUUUAUAUUUUAUCUUUCAUAGAGCAUGUUUAUUUCUUGUUUUUAUUUUACGAUUGAUCGUUUUCAGUAUAAUUAAUAUUCUUCAAUAAAAAUUGUUUACCAAAAAAAACCCACUGAGAAUUGUAUUUCAACCAAAAUUUUUAUCAGAAUAAAAUUUUAAAAAUACUCCUCAACUUUCCAACUGGCUAUGAUAACUGGCUAUGAUAACUCGAUUAUCUCCCACAAUAUUAAAUAAAAAAAAAGCAACAAACUAAUAAACAUGUUUACAAAUUUAUAGAAAAAGUUAACGUUUAAAAUCAACAAAUUAAUAAAA